UCUCUUUUACACCGUCUUUCUAAACAAGCAGAGCAGCACUGUUGGCGCCAAAAGUAUUUUUUUUUUUGGAACAGGGUUCGAUCCACUUACUUUUUAAUUAUUUUAAUUUUAAAGAAAAGUUACAGGAAUAUAAUAUUCUUCCAAAAAAUACAACUAGAAUUGUGUAGAACACAAUACUUGUGUAUAUAAAAACGAAUGUAAAAAAAUAGUAAUGGAACCUAGCGGUGGCAAGAAAGUCCUUCAAAAUACGGGAAAAUAUGUGGCUGAAACAAGAACAGAGGGCGAUGAUUUCUAUAAUGAAGCUGGAUAUCGUCAAUCUCGAGAAAAUGAUAAAAUCGACUCAAAGUAUGGAUUUGAUCGUGUCAAAGAUGGAUUGGAAAGAACUGGAUAUCUUAUUAACAUGCAUACGACUGAAAUAUUGGAUGAAGAUCGGCGUUUAGUAGCCGCCCUGGAUUUAUUCUUUAUACAAAUGGAUGGUUCGCGUUUUAAGUGCACUGUCGCUUAUAAACCAUAUUUAUUGGUAAAGCCCGAAGAAAGUCAAGCAUUAGAGUUGGCUCGAUUUUUGAGUCGGAAAUAUGCAGGUCAGUUAGCAGGUGUUGAACACAUUUACAAGGAAGAUUUGGAUUUACCCAAUCAUUUGGCCGGAAUAAAACAACAGUAUCUAAAACUAUCAUUUCUGAAUCAAACCGCCAUGACUAAGGUGCGUCGUGAAAUUAUGGCUGCUGUACGUAAAAACACAGAACGUGAAAAGUCCAAUACAUUUUAUUUGCAAAUGUUGGCCAACUCUCUGGCUGCAAAUGCCUCAAAUGAUGGGGAGGGAUCUAAAAAGCAACUUGAUUAUAUGGAUUGUGUUAAGGAAUUAAGAGAACAUGAUGUCCCAUAUCAUGUACGAGUAUCCAUUGAUUUGAAAAUAUUUUGCGGUCAAUGGUACAAUAUACGUUGUCGCAGUGGUGGUAUGGAGUUGCCAAUAAUAACAUGUCGCCCGGAUAUAUUAGAACGACCUGAACCAGUAGUACUUGCUUUCGAUAUAGAAACUACAAAGCUUCCAUUGAAAUUUCCUGAUGCUCAAACAGAUCAAAUAAUGAUGAUAUCAUAUAUGAUUGAUGGCCAAGGGUAUUUAAUUACAAAUCGCGAAAUCAUUUCUUCAGACGUAGAUGAUUUUGAGUAUACACCUAAACCGGAAUUUGAAGGAAAUUUUAUUGUCUUCAAUGAAGAGAAUGAAAUGCAAUUAAUACAGAAGUUUUUUGAUCACAUUAUGGAGGUGCGUCCUCACAUAGUUGUCACAUACAACGGCGACUUUUUUGAUUGGCCCUUUGUCGAAACGAGAGCGGCUGUCUACGACUUGGACAUGAAACAAGAAAUUGGAUUCUCAAAGUCUAGAGAUGGCAAUUACUUAUGUAGACCAUCAAUUCACAUGGAUUGCCUUUGUUGGGUAAAACGUGAUUCUUAUCUACCCGUUGGUUCACAAGGUUUAAAGGCCGUCGCGAAAGCCAAAUUACGCUAUGAUCCUGUCGAAUUGGAUCCAGAAGAUAUGUGUAAAAUGGCAGUUGAACAGCCACAAGUCCUCUCAAACUAUUCGGUGUCUGAUGCCGUUGCCACUUAUUAUCUGUAUAUGAAAUAUGUACAUCCCUUCAUAUUUGCUUUGAACACAAUUAUUCCAAUGGAACCUGAUGAAAUUUUACGCAAAGGGUCUGGCACUCUUUGUGAAACUUUACUUAUGGUACAGGCUUAUCACGCUAACAUCGUCUAUCCCAAUAAACAACAAAGUGAAUUGAAUAAAUUGUCAAAUGAGGGACAUGUCUUGGAUUCGGAAACAUAUGUUGGUGGCCAUGUGGAAGCUUUAGAAUCGGGAGUAUUUCGUGCAGAUAUUCCAUGUCGUUUUCGUUUAGAUCCAAAUAUGGUACAGACAUUGAUUGGCAAUGUCGAUCGCGUUCUUAAACAUGCUAUCGAAGUUGAAGAAGGCAUCCCGCUGGAUAAAGUAACAAACUUAGAUGAAGUGCACAAAGAAAUUUGUCAAGCAUUACAAGGUCUCCAUGAUAUACCAAAUCGCUUGGAACAACCCGUCAUUUAUCAUUUAGAUGUAGGUGCUAUGUAUCCCAAUAUUAUAUUAACGAAUCGUUUACAACCCUCGGCGAUGGUCAGUGAUACAGAUUGUGCUGCUUGUGAUUUUAAUAAGCCUGGAGUACGAUGUAAACGUGUAAUGGAUUGGUUAUGGCGUGGCGAAAUGCUUCCUGCUUCACGCAACGAGUUUCAACGCAUUCAACAACAGUUGGAGACUGAGAAGUUUCCUCCGCUUUUUCCUGGAGGGCCCACCAGGGCAUUCCACGAACUUUCAAAAGAAGAUCAGGCCGCCUAUGAAAAGAAACGUUUGGCCGAUUAUUGUCGAAAAGCAUACAAAAAAACUAAAAUAACAAAAUUGGAAACCAGAACUGCAACUAUAUGCCAAAAGGAAAACAGUUUUUAUGUCGAUACGGUUAGAGCUUUUCGUGAUCGGCGUUACGAAUAUAAAGGCCUAACUAAAGUCGCCAAAGCUGCGGUUAGUGCUGCCCUUGCAUCGGGAGAUGCUUCGGAAAUUAAGGCAGCUAAAGGCAGAGAAGUUUUGUAUGAUUCUUUGCAAUUGGCCCACAAGUGUAUUUUGAAUUCCUUUUACGGUUAUGUGAUGCGACGUGGUGCCAGAUGGCACUCCAUGCCUAUGGCCGGCAUUGUAUGUCUAACGGGUUCUAAUAUCAUUACCAAAGCAAGAGAAAUCAUUGAACGAGUUGGACGGCCAUUGGAAUUAGAUACCGAUGGUAUUUGGUGUAUAUUGCCAGGUUCUUUUCCACAAGAAUUCACGGUCCUCACCACCCAUGAAAAGAAAAAGAAAAUCAACAUAUCUUAUCCCAAUGCUGUGCUGAACACAAUGGUGAAAGAUCACUUUACCAAUGACCAAUACCAUGAACUGGUAAAGAAAAGAGAUGAGGGAUCAUCAGAGCCGCCUGAGUAUACAAUAAGAGAAGAGAACUCCAUAUUCUUUGAGGUUGAUGGUCCAUACUUGGCCAUGGUAUUGCCGGCCUCCAAAGAGGAGGGUAAAAAGCUGAAAAAGAGAUACGCCGUAUUUAAUUUCGAUGGAUCACUUGCCGAAUUGAAAGGGUUCGAAGUAAAACGUCGUGGUGAAUUGCAGUUGAUUAAAAACUUUCAAAGUUCUGUGUUCGAGGCAUUUUUGGCCGGUAGUACACUGGAGGAGUGUUAUGCUUCUGUUGCUAAGGUGGCUGAUUAUUGGUUAGAUGUUUUAUACAAUCGUGGAUCAAACUUACCCGACUCGGAGUUGUUUGAAUUAAUUGCCGAAAACAAAUCCAUGUCCAAGAAAUUGGAGGAGUAUGGGGAUCAGAAGAGUACGUCUAUAUCAACUGCAAAACGCUUAGCUGAGUUUUUGGGCGAACAAAUGGUGAAAGAUGCCGGUUUGGCUUGUAAAUAUAUAAUUUCGCGAAAGCCGGAAGGUGCCCCGGUAACCGAAAGAGCCAUUCCUUUGGCCAUUUUCCAAUCAGAGCCCAGUGUUAGGCGACAUCACUUACGACGUUGGCUGAAAGACAAUACGAUGGGUGAUUCGGAUAUAAGAGAUGUUUUAGAUUGGAAUUACUAUAUAGAACGUUUGGGCGGAGCUAUCCAGAAAAUUAUUACCAUUCCCGCCGCAUUACAAGGCUUACCUAACCCUGUGCCAAGAGUACAGCAUCCAGAUUGGUUGCACAAGAAAAUUUCUGAAAAAAAUGAUGUCUUCAAACAGCGGCGUAUCAAUGAAAUGUUUACCAGCAGACCAAAGCCCAAACCAGCAUUGCCGUCUUCCAGCAACGAUAGUGAUGCUAAAAAUGUCGACAUAGCUGAUAUGGAGGAUUUGGCUGGAUGUGAAGACAAUUCUGAUGGUAGGCCCCGCGUUACAAAACGACGUAGAAAUAAUUCGGAGGAUGAUGGAGACGAAAGUGCACAACCGGAAGCAUCGUCUUGGCGCCAAGCAUUGGGACAACCGCCGCCCAUUGGAACCACCCGUAAAGAAAUUGUGGAAUGGGUGAAAUUUCAGAAACGUAAAUGGGAGUGGCAAUUGGAGCGACGACAGCGUUACAAACAACAGAACAAACGUAUGCGAAACGAAGAUUCCAAUAAUGAUCUCCAGAAUGCAUCCAAAGGGGCCACAUCUACCGCCACGCUUGGGGGUUUCCUGCGCAGGGCACAAAGAACCCUACUUGAUCAAGUAUGGCAAAUAUUGCAAAUUGUUCCAGUCGAUGAUUUGGGUCAUUUCACAGUAUGGGCUAUGAUUGGUGAGGAGUUACACAGAAUUAAAUUAACAGUUCCUCGCAUAUUCUAUGUCAAUCAGAGAAGUCUAGCUCCUCCGGAGGAGGGACAAAUGUGGAAAAAAGUUAAUCGUGUUUUGCCACGUUCACGUCCGGUUUACAAUUUGUAUCGGUACAGUGUUCCCGAACAAGUCUUUAAGGACAACUGUCUGGGUAUGUUGGCUGAUUUAGCUACACCGGAUAUUGAAGGUAUUUAUGAAACGCAAAUGUCUUUGGAAUUUAGAGCUCUCAUGGAUAUGGGCUGUUUAUGUGCCGUGCAACGAGAAGAAGCACGGCGUUUGGCCAGUUUGGCCACAAAAGAUCUGGAAACUUUUAAUAUUGAGCAAUUGGAACAGAAAUCUCAGGCACACAUAAAAUAUCUUCAAGGCUCCAAUGCAAGAUUGAGGAAAAUUUUCCUGUAUCAACACAACAUACCCACGGCGAAGAAGGAAGUAUGGGCUUUGUUUUUAAUGGCGAGUAAAAAGGCCAUUGUAAUAGCCCUGGACACAGUACGUACCAAUCAAAUGCCAAACAUGAAAAAUCUAUAUACUGCUGAACGCUUGGCUCUUAUAAAGAAUCUUCAGAGUGCCGAAGAUAUUGAAAAAGUGCCUGCAGAGGACUUUCAAUUCGAAAUUUUCAUUGAAGUUGAUGUGAAGCAAGUCUACCGCCAUAUUCAGAGGGCAUUGACGGCAUACAAGGAAGAGAAGCGGGGACCAUCUUUGAUUUGCAUGCAGACCGCCUUGGAGUCGCGCAAAUUGAGUAAUAAUAUGCCUAUUUUAUUGGACUUUCCUCAGGCCCAAAUACAUAUAUCAGAUGAUGCCUCUUUACUAUCAGGCUUAGAUUGGCAAAGGCAGGGCUCUCGGGCUUUGGUUCGACAUUUUUUAAAUCUUAAUAAUGUGGUAGAACUGAUGUUGGAUCAAUGCCGAUAUUUCCACGUACCAAUUGGAAACAUGCCACCCGAUACCGUUCUCUUUGGAGCCGACCUAUUUUUUGCUCGUUUGCUACAAAAACAUAAUUUCGUUCUAUGGUGGUCGUCUACUACCAGACCUGAUUUGGGGGGUCGUGAAGCGGACGACAGCAGGUUGCUGGCCGAAUUCGAGGACAGUGUUACAGUGGUGCAAAAUCAAGCUGGUUUCUAUCCAGAUGUUUGCGUCGAACUUGCAUUAGACAGCCUGGCUGUAUCGGCGCUUUUACAAUCCACAAAAAUACAAGAGUUGGAAGGUGCAUCUUCAGCUAUUACAUUCGAUGUGAUACCACAAGCUUCGCUGGAAGAAAUGAUUGGUACAGUACCAGCAGCCACAUUACCGAGCUAUGACGAAACAGCUCUAUGUUCGGCUGCCUUUAGGGUGAUGCGGUCCAUGGUCAAUGGUUGGCUGCGAGAAGUCUCAAUAAAUAGAAAUAUAUUUUCAGAUUUUCAAAUUGUCCACUUUUAUAGGUGGGUAAGGUCAAGUAAUGCUCUUCUAUAUGAUCCCGCUCUGCGAAGAUCACUGAAUAAUCUAAUGAGGAAAAUGUUUCUACGCAUUGUGGCUGAAUUUAAGCGUCUAGGUGCCACCAUAAUCUAUGCUGAUUUUAAUCGUAUUAUAUUGUCGUCGGGCAAGAAAUCUGUUGCCGAUGCUCUAGGAUAUGUCGACUAUGUGGUACAGUCCCUGAGAAAUAAGGAAAUGUUUCAUUCAAUUCAGUUGUCUUUUGAACAAUGUUGGGAUUUUAUGUUGUGGCUGGAUCAUGCGAAUUAUUCUGGCAUUCGUGGUCGCCUUCCCAAGGGCUUGGAUGAAACGACAUUGGGCGACGUUACGGCUGCAGCAUUGGCCGCACAGUCAGAGAAACGUCAAAGGAACACUGAUAAUUCGGAUAAUGAGAAUGAUGAUGACGACGAUGUAGAAGAAGUGCCAAGGCCCGAAGAAGAUGAGGAUAAUCCAGUCAGUGAAGAGGAACAGCUGUCGUUGGAACUGAAUUGGACCAUAAGUGAACAUUUACCAGAAGAGAAUGAAUGUCGGGAAAAGUUUGAGGCGAUUGUAACGCUCUUCAUGCAAUCAUUGGCUGAGCGUAAGACAACAAAGCAGGCCAUCAAAGAUAUUUCCCACUUGGCUUUUGAUUUUAUUAUAAAAUUGCAUAAAAACUAUGGCAAAGGGAAACACAGUCCUGGUCUAGAUUUAAUACGCACACUUAUCAAGGUUUUAAGUGUCGAUAAGGGUCUUAUGGAGGAUAUAAACGACUUUCGGCGUAACAUGCUGCGUUUAGUUGGUGUUGGUGAAUUUUCCGAUUUAGCUGAAUGGAAGGAUCCGUGUGACAGCUACACAAUAUCUGAAGUCAUUUGCAAGGCGUGCAAUCAUUGCCGUGAUUUAGAUUUGUGCAAAGACAAACACAGGGCAAUGAAAGAUGGAAUACCCGUAUGGCUGUGCGCUCAAUGUUUUGUAGCAUACGAUAAUGAGGAAAUUGAAAUGCGUAUUAUUGAUGUUGUCCAGCGAAAACUUAUGUCAUAUGUCCUCCAGGAUUUACGUUGUUCUCGUUGUAAUGAAAUCAAAAGAGAAAAUCUGGCGCAGUUUUGUACAUGUGCUGGAGAUUUCGUGCCUCUUAUCUCGGGAAAGGAAAUAGACCAUCUGCUGAGAACUUUCCAAAAUGUGGCGGAUUACCAUAAAAUGGAAUUACUGCAUGAAACUGUCCAACAAAUAAUUGCCACCAAGUAAAUUAAAUAUGUAAAUAAAUGUCUUUUAAAAUGUUGUU